AUGCGCUUCUAUGGGGGACGUUGCCGAUGCGGCAAGACUAGACGAUUUCUUUGGGAGGAGCCCAUUCGAUGCCGGAACUUCGGGUGCAUCCUUGCUUUCCUCACCGCCCCAGACAUUCGAUAUCGUGUUUUUGUAGAAGGCUUUAUAAGCCACCGAUCGUUUCGUCGGUGGCGAGAGCAUCCCACCGCUGCCGUUUCGGUUCUUCUCCAGCAGUCGCAUCCACAUGGGCAGUCUUCGCUUCUUCGAGCACCGCUGUCUGAGGAGGCAGGGGGAGUCCAGCUCCAUCUCGGAUGCGAUGGUGCUCUCGAUAUCGUCCUCCUCGUCGACCAUCGCGGCGUGGCUGAGGAAGGGCCUCGCCAUGGACCCACCCGAAGGAUCGAAAUCGUCAAUUUUGGAUAA